AGGAAAUAAAAACAUAUUCUAACAACUCAAACAUUGAUUUGGAUUUUGAAAAAUUACGCCUGAGCAAUGCAGAUUAUUUCACGUCAUGCCCAAAACUACUUGCAACAUUGCUUUUAAGCAUAUCUGGUGUUCCAAUGGACUAUACGUUUAAAUCAAGCAAUGUCCCUGAUCCAGACCAAGAUAGAAACAUGGCGUACAAAAUGUGCAAAACUGUGGAGUCCAUCCUAAACCUUACCUAUUUGAACAGUGUUCUCCCAAUCCAUUUUAGAGAGUCGGUACUUUUAUACAGUUUAACGGGCAGCAAAAUUGCACUUACCGUUCUUAACAGAACAGGCCCAUACGCCUCCUAUGAUAGAGUAAGAAAAUGGCUCACAAAUCUUGGGCAAAAUACAAUAGAGAUAGUGGACCAACAAACCCAAGGGAAUGAUACUAGUAUACUAAUGGCAUUCGAUAAUAACCAGGUACUUAAAAAGACCUGGUCAAUUAGCACAAAGAAAAAAUUCAACGCUAGUGUAGUGACCAUGAUUGUUUCCUUCACGAUUGAAAAUGAACCCCUACAAAAUAAACCAAUGUUUUCACCAAAUCAAUGGAAAAACAAGCCGUUGACUGAUGAUAAGAUUCAAGAAAUAAAAAAUCCAGACGAAAAUCCAGCCUUUGCUUCAAUACAAAACAAAUCAAUAAAAGGCUUCGUAGAGAAACGAUUAAAAAAAAUCAUCAGUGAACAAAAAAUUCGAAACGGCAAAAUGACAGAUUUAAUAGAUGAUACCAUAGUUGAAAAUAAGUACAAUAAAAUAUUUCACGAUCCAUGCAACAAAUGUGGUUUGGAGGCUAUCCCAAAGUCAAAACGUGUAUGUCCACAAUGUAAACAAAAAAUUACACGUCAAAAUGACUUUAACAACGCAAAGGAUAAAAGUGAUAAAGGCGCUUGUGAAACAAAAAAUAACCACACACCAAAAAGAACCAGAGAGAACGAUUCAAUGAAAUGUGAAAAAAG